AUGGACACUACUCGCCGCCCUUAUACUCUCUCCCUCGCACACCGCGGCGUCAUCCAGGGCUCAACCAUCUCCGCCGGCUCGGAUUUAUGUCACUACUUCGGCGGCGUGCGCUACGCUCUCCCACCACUGCAACGCUGGCGCCGUGCCCGUAAGCUGCCAUCAUCGUUUAGAUACGGCAGCAAGGAUACACCCGGCGUCUGCGACAGUGGAGCCGGGCUGUGUCCGCAACCCGGAUUCCUAACUAUCGAGCCGGAGAAGCCUGAAACGUGGAGCGAGGAUUGCUUCCAGUGUAAUGUGUGGGUGCCAACGGGAACUCCCCCGCGGGAUGGCUGGCCGGUGAUGAUUUACAUCCAUGGUGGAUGGCUUCAGUUCGGUUCGCCCAACGGCUUCAAUGCCGCGGCACUGCUCGGCGAGACUGAUUUCAAGGCUGUCGUUGUCAUGCCUGCGUACCGGGUCAACCUAUUUGGGUUCUUGUAUUCGGCGGAACUCGAACAGGAUGCUGCGGAUGUGGGCGAGACUGUGGGAAACCAUGGAUUCUGGGACCAGAGACUCGCUUUGGAGUGGACAAAGGAGAAUAUCCAUUUGUUCGGUGGCAACCCUGAGAAUAUCAGUAUCUCAGGAUACUCCGCAGGCGCAAACUCCGUCUUCCACCAACUCGCCUACGACCUCCGCCAACCAGACACCCAGGCCAUCGUGCGCCAGGCAGUAAUCUUCUCCAACUCGCCCGCCGUACAACCCAAAAAACCAACAGAAACCCAAUCCCAAUUUGACCAGCUCCUAAACGCCCUCUCAAUCCCACUCACCCUAUCCGCAAACGAAAAGCUCGCCCGUCUCCGCUCCCUCCCAGCAAAGCAACUCCUCGACGCCGCGAAAACAAUCCAAAUCCACCAAUUCCGCCCAACAACGGACGGCGCCUUCAUACUCCCAACCCUCUUCCAAUCCCUAGACGACGGCUCCUUCGCCCGCAAACUCCUGUCCCGCAACAUCCGGCUCAUCCUAGGCGAAUGCUCCGACGAACGCUUCCUCUACGCAAUCUGGUUCCCACCCAAGGCCAAUACCCUCGACGCAGUACGCGCCCGGCUGAUUACCGAUUACCCCCAACGUAUCGUCGAUGCUUUAAUCCCACUCCACUACCCGGACGGGAAACUCCCACCGGGUGUAACGGACUGGGACUCUGACGCCUGGGGCAGAAUCUACGCCGAUAUGCAGGUAUACCACAUGCAGCGAGGCUUGAUCCACGCGUUGACGUCUAACACGGGUGGCGUGGAUGCGUCGCGGCUGAUCCAUCGGUAUAGAAUUGAGUUCCGCGCGGAGUGUACGGAUGGGAUUCCGAUUGAGUGGGGGGUUACGCAUUCAAGCGAUUAUUCGUUGUGGUUCUGGGGAAAUGGGAAUGUUUUGACGGAGAAGGAGAAGAAAUAUACACAUAAUGCGUUGGUUGGGCCAUUGGCUAGGUUUGUGAAGGGAGAGGAUGAUUUUGGAUGGGAGACGAGUGGGAAGCGGGUGCGCGUGCUGAAGGCUGACGGGAGUGUGGAGAUUCGGGGGGAUUCGUUGUGGGAUGAGGGUGUUAGGGUCUGGAAGGCGUUGAGGGCUGUUGAUGAUGAGAAGGCGAGGCUUUGA